AUGCCGUCCUUCUAUGUGCCUGCGCUCAUCGCAGGAAUGCUCAUAACGGGUUCGAGCAACUCGCUAUGGACCAAGUGGCAGGAUAUGCAAUGCGUUGAGGAUUGUAACGACCCAAAUCCUGCACAUCAUGUACUCUAUGAGCAACCCGUAUGGCAGACGUUGCAGAUGUUCCUGGGAGAGAUGCUUUGUUUCCUCCCCGUGGUAUACGCGUGGCUUGCCACACGGAGAUCACCCACUCCUCUACAGCUCCCGACCGAUGCCGAGGAAGAACCCGCUGAAGGGUCGAAGAUGCAGAUUGCAGGGAAGCCUAUGCGCGGUUGGAGUAUCCUUCUGUUCUGGUUCCCUGCUGCGUGUGAUCUUACGGGUACCACGCUCAUGAACGUCGGGCUCUUAUACACCCCAGUGUCUAUCUACCAGAUGACACGUGGUGCACUCGUGCUCUUUGUCGGAGUGCUUUCUGUCAUUUUCCUCCGCCGCAGACUCUGGCUGUAUCAGUGGAUAUCAUUAAUCACCGUGAUGGGGGGUGUGUCAUUAGUCGGCUACAGCGGCUCGCUCAUUAAGGAGGCGGUCAAAGAGACCGACCUCCUUGACGACGCGCCUUCUGGCAAGCCUGAGGUAACUCAGGUGCUGGUUGGCGUAUUCUUCAUCCUUUUCGCACAGAUUUUUGCCGCGACACAGUUCGUUGUCGAAGAGAAAAUCAUGUCUCACUACUCUGUUGGCUCCUUCAUGGCAGUCGGGUAUGAGGGUUUCUUUGGCGCGCUGAGCAUCGUGCUCGCGAUGCCGAUCCUCGCGCGCUUUGCGUCCGUCUCCCCGUUCUUUGACCUUCCGCGCGGGUGGCACCAGAUGGUCGACACACCGACGGUGCUCGGCUCCGCGUUCAUAAUCGCGCUCUCGAUCUCGCUGUUCAAUUUCUGCGGGCUGAGCGUCACGCGGCACGUCAGCGCAACCGCGCGCAGCCUUACGGAUACAUGCAGAACGCUCAGCAUCUGGCUCAUAUCCCUGGCACUCGGCUGGGAAGCGAUCGUCUGGCCGAUCUCGAUGCUGCAGGUGCUGGGGUUCUCGCUGCUGGUAUACGGCACGUUCCUCUUCAACAAUCUCGUCACACCCCCGGCCUUCCUCCGCCGCCCCUCCGAGGCUACACCAACCUUGCUGGCCGAGGAUGCAGGCGAGGAAGCUGCACUCCUAACGGAAGAGACGCUCGACGAGACCGCGGCACUCCCUGUCGACCUUGGCCGGAGCGGUUACGACGCGGUGCCUCCGCACGCGCACGCGCGUCGGACGAGCAGCCCCCAUACGGCGCGGCGAGUAGACUGA